CUUUGGAGGAUACAAAGUUUGGCAGUGUUAUUGCCAAAAUGAUGCGAAAAGCAAAUUUAGGGGCUGGGAGUGUUCAGCGCCCUGGAACCCUGAAACCUCGAAAUACAGACAGUACCCCAAAUAACAGACGGAGUGCAGGGCAACAGAUGAGGAAAUCUUACCUUCCCAAAACCUCACAAUCAGACAGUGCUAAGAAACUAACCAGUAGAAAUAAGCGCAUCAGUGCUGAAGGACUCAGCAGACUCUCCAUAGCUUCGGGAAGAUUUACCCCUACUAGGAACAAUACCUCAGCCUCAACCUUGUUGGCUCCUCCCAGUGUCAGCAGACUGUCAACGGAUUCGGUGCGCAACUCUAGUAUGGGAACAAAAGUGAGGAAGGAGACCCGCCCUAUCACAGACUCCAAUUUUAAGAGUCAGUGUGUGGACAAAAUUCUGGACUUCCUUGUCAGCAGGGGCUAUGUAUACCAGCUUCAGCGAAGAACGCUCCUCGCGCCUUCCACAAAAGAUUUUUCUAACAUCUUCAGUUUUAUAUACAAGCACCUUGAUAGUCAAUAUAAUUUGCCAAACAGAUUUGAAGAGGAAAUUCCACGCCUAUUAAAGUUUUUGAAAUAUCCAGUGCAGAUGUCAAAAUCAUCCUUCAUUACAGUUGGAUCUCCUCACACAUGGCCAUCUGUUCUGGCCAUGCUGGCAUGGUUGGUUGAUGUGGUGAACAUGUUUAGUGCCAUCGACCCGAUGCCCAUUGCCUUUCCAAGUGAUUUUGACAGUGACAUCAAUCUUGCCAAGACUAAGUUUACCGUACUGGUUGAACUUGCCAACUGCGAUGAAGAUACAGAAAAGAUUGAGGCUCAGUUAGAAGAAUACAGGCACAUACUAGAGGAAAUACAGGGUGUGAGAGCUCAGGAUCUUCUGCAAAUACAGGAGGAGGAUGAAAGAGUUGAAGACAUGGUGAACAACAUGAGCACAGGACCUGAGAGAUUGCAGCAGUUACAUCACCAGUACACUCAGCUUGUAGAUGACAAUGCAAAAAUGUCAGAUUACUGUAGAGAGCUACAGGUACAUAUUUCUGCAAGAGAUGGUGAACGUUCACAGCUGGAAUCAAAAGUGGCAGAGCUUAAAGCGGCUAAAAAGCAGGUUUUUGAGGAAGUUGAUCGCUUGGAAACUAUGAAGGAACAGCAGGCUUUGAACGUAGGGGAAUUGGCAAGAUUUAAGAACCAUGCAAAUGAUGUCGCUACUAUUAUAUCACAACUCCAAGACCAGGGAAAGGAUCAGGACUCUCAGAUAUGGUCACUAGAGAUGGAAGUGGGCAAAGCUCAGUCAAGCUUGUGUGAAAGUAUAAGUGCCUAUAACAAACUUGUCCGUCAGCUAGACCUUCCAGAGGAUUAUGAAAUCUCAUCGACUGACAUAGCUGAGAAUAAAUGCCACUGGCAGACCACAUUGCUUGACGAGCUACGACGUAGGAAGAAGGAUGCGAAACAUGGCAUGUACGAGGCCCAGAACCAGCUAAUACGAAAGGAGGAGGAAUUGAGCAUGGUGAAUGAGAUGCUGUCUGAGAAAAAAGACCAGCUGACAAAGCUCGAGAGUAAGUUACGAAGAACAGAAGAGGAAAUUGUAAUGACCAAAAAUGAAAUUACUGCUGAGGAGAAGGAGAUGCAGGUUGAGAGUGAUCGUUUGGACCAGCAAAUCCUGGAAGCUCGGAAGACACACAGGGGAUCACUUUACCAGAAGCAGUGUGCAGUAGAUCAAGCCAAGGAAGAGUUGGAGAAUGUAAAGGUCUCUGGCGUGGAGUGCAUGCGUUCUGGUGCAGAGUUCCUAGUCCAGGUGUGCCAUGCAUCCCUGGAACACUUAGAGUGGCAGCAGAAGGAAACCCUAAAGCACAAGAUCACCACGGGAAAUGUGACAAGAAAACUUGUGGAACCUAUACAUACAGAAGUAAAAAUAUGAAGGAAAGAAGACAAAGAAACAAGAAAAAGCAGAUCCUCUAUGUAUAGAAUUCUGUUUUAGUUUUUGAUAGCAAGUUGAAAUUGGCCUGCUAGGGGAAUGCUUCUUGGCUGUGAAAAUGUAUUUUUAACUUCGAUGUCUCUGCCGAGUUUAAACAAGGGUAUUGCAAGAUAUUUUUAUGGAAUGCCAUAUAUGAAAAGGUGAAGAUUUAUUUGCUCUAUAAAGGAUACAAAAGAAAAAGAAAAAAACAAUUGUAUAUAUGUCUCAUUACUUACCAUGACUGAAUCCUAUAUAUAUUUUUUUAAUAGUUUCACCUGAUCCAUAUUAUCUGUUGAGGAAUUUCAUUUCUUUUCUCCUUUUUUCCCCUUAUUGGCAUUAUUUGGAAUACAGUUACAGCAUCAUAUAGGAAUCUAGGGAUAUAUAUGCUAUGUUUUUAAAAAUGUGGUGAAUAUCUUUUGGUGAAUAUAGUGUUAUUGGUAUUAACAUCAGUAUAGAAUUUUAUUUCUUUAUUUUUUAAUGGCUUUUUGUAGUUUUGGGGAUACAGUAGGCUCAGAUUUUUAAAAAAUUAUAGUAAAGUCCACAUUUUUUAUAUAAUGGCAUAUUAUCCUUACAAACAAGAUAUUUUUAUGAAUAAAAAAAAGAAAAAAAAGAAAAAAAUGUAUUUUUUUAUUGUAUGACAAGAGAAAAUAUAUUGCAGUGAAAUA